AUGAUUCUCACAAGUGGCUCACAUUUCAUUUAUAUCGGAGACGAGCACGAAUUGUUUUCUGCUGAGAAUAAAAACAUGGAGACUCCAAUUCACGAGGCUUGCCGACAAGAGAAUGUUAAUGUUUUAAUGUUGCUGCUGAAAGUCAAUUCAAUGGCUGCUUGCAAGGUUAUUCCUACUGGUAAAAGUGAUUUCUUUGUGGCUUGCUUUCAUGGUCAAGCUUGUUAUCUUGACUUGGUGAAUCUAUCUAAAACUGUUGGGCUAGAAGUAGCAGGGUUUGAUCAAGUUUGUUUUCAUAUUGCUGCAUCAAGAGGUGACUCAAAUGUCGUUAGAGAGUUGUUGAACAAGUGGCCAGAUCUUACUCAACUGAUCGACGAGAAUGGGAAUUUGACAUUCCAUCAUGCUUGUAAUAAAGGACACCGAGAGAUUGUAUUGUUCAUACUCAAACGCGAUUCAAAUCUUGCUUUACUAUACAACAACAAUGGUUAUACACCAUUGCAUCUUGCAGUGAUAAAUGGGAAAGUCUCGGUCCUCAACGAUUUUGUGUCUUGCAGUUAUGAUUCAUUUCACUGUCUCACAAGAAAAGAAGAGACAUUGUUUCAUUUAGCUGUGAGAUAUAGAUGCUAUGAUGCCUUGGUUUUAUUGAUGCAAAGUGCUACUGGCAUAAAUCUAUUGCAUUGUCAAGAUAGAUGGGAGCUGAUGAGAAGCUAUGGUGAUCUUUAUGUUUUCUGCUACUGUUUUAUUAGUGGAGUUUUUCUCUUCAUUGUGUGGGAUCCAGGAAAGAUUAAUGUAGCAAUAACAAUUUAG